AUCGGAGGCGGCGGCGGCGCUGGCGGCAGCCGUGGUGGUGGAGGCGGCAGCGGCGAAGGUGGAGACGGCUGCCCUAGUGGGAGAGGCGGCGGCGGCGGCCGAGGAGGAGGAGGGGGAAGCGGCGGCGGCGAAGGGCUCCAGACCCAGUUCCUGGACCUGCCCUGGAAAAGAAGUAUCCAGUAGAGAUGAGCUCACUGCAGUUACUUAAUUAAAAAUUUGUAAGCUACAAAAAUGGCAAUGGGCCAACCAAGAACAGCUACAAUUUGAAUUUUUCUAUUUCCAGAAAAUGGUAGCGCUCACCACAAAACCACAAUACAUAAAUUGCCAAGUGUGGCUGACUUGCACAUUCCUUUAGAAGAACUUAUAACUGAAAAUGCUUGGACAGAAGAGAUGAGUACUAUUUCCACUAAGGCCUAGAAUUGCCUACUGUACAAAUAGUCCUGAUCAGGCAAUAUACGAAUGGCCCAAGGAAGCCACCAAAUUGAUUUUCAGGUUUUACAUGACCUGCGACAAAAAUUCCCUGAAGUACCUGAAGUUGUUGUAUCCAGGUGUAUGUUACAGAAUAAUAAUAACCUGGAUGCCUGCUGUGCCGUUCUCUCUCAAGAGAGUACAAGGUAUCUUUAUGGUGAAGGAGACUUGAAUUUCUCGGAUGACUCUGGAAUUUCUGGCCUACGAAAUCACAUGACUUCUCUCAACUUGGACUUGCAGUCACAGAAUGUUUACCACCAUGGAAGAGAAGGAAAUAGAAUGAAUGGAAGCAGGACUCUAACGCACAGCAUUAGUGAUGGACAACUUCAAGGUGGUCAGUCCAGUAACGAACUCUUUCAGCAGGAGCCACAGACAGCACCAGCUCAAGUUCCUCAAGGCUUUAAUGUGUUUGGAAUGUCUAGUACAUCUGGUGCUUCAAAUUCAGCACCGCAUCUUGGGUUUCAGUUAGGCAGCAAAGGAACAUCUAACCUUUCUCAACAAACUCCCAGAUUUAAUCCCAUUAUGGUAACUUUAGCCCCAAACAUCCAGACUGGUCGUAAUACUCCUACAUCUUUGCACAUACAUGGUGUACCUCCACCUGUACUUAACAGUCCACAGGGAAAUUCUAUCUAUAUCAGGCCUUACAUUACAACUCCUAGUGGUACAGCUCGACAGACGCAGCAGCACUCUGGCUGGGUAUCUCAGUUUAAUCCUAUGAACCCUCAGCAAGUCUAUCAACCUUCACAACCUGGUCCCUGGACUACUUAUCCUGCACCUAAUCCUAUGUCACAUACCUCAGCCCAGCAGCCAAACCAGCAAGGCCACCAGACCUCUCAUGUCUAUAUGCCCAUCAGUUCACCUACUACUCCACAGCCACCAACAAUUCACUCAUCUGGUAGCUCACAGUCUUCUGCCCAUAGCCAGUAUAACAUUCAGAAUAUUUCAACAGGACCUCGAAAAAACCAGAUUGAAAUCAAACUUGAACCCCCACAAAGAAACAGCUCUUCAAAAUUGCGUUCUUCUGGACCUCGAACCUCCAGCAGUUCCUCUUCAGUCAACAGCCAGACCUUAAAUAGAAAUCAGCCCACUGUUUACAUAGCUGCCAGUCCCCCAAAUACCGAUGAGAUGAUGUCCCGUAGUCAGCCCAAGGUCUAUAUUUCAGCGAAUGCUGCCCCAGGAGAUGAACAGAUCAUGCGGAAUCAGCCCACCCUCUUCAUAUCCACAAACUCGGGAGCAGCUGCUGCCUCCAGGAAUAUGUCUGGGCAAGUGAGCAUGGGUCCUGCCUUUAUUCAUCACCACCCUCCCAAAAGUCGAGCAAUAGGCAAUAACUCUGCAACUUCUCCUCGAGUCGUGGUCACGCAACCCAAUACAAAAUACACUUUCAAAAUUACAGUUUCUCCUAAUAAGCCCCCUGCAGUUUCACCAGGGGUGGUGUCCCCUACCUUUGAACUUACAAAUCUUCUGAACCAUCCUGAUCAUUAUGUAGAAACAGAGAAUAUUCAGCACCUCACGGACCCUGCUUUAGCACAUGUGGAUAGAAUAAGUGAAGCACGGAAGUUGAGUAUGGGAUCUGAUGAUGCUGCCUACACUCAAGGUAAUAGUACUGAAGCUCUGUUGGUACACCAGAAGGCCAGAAUGGAACGACUUCAAAGAGAACUUGAGAUUCAAAAGAAAAAGCUGGAUAAACUAAAAUCUGAGGUCAAUGAAAUGGAAAAUAAUCUAACUAGAAGGCGCCUGAAAAGAUCAAAUUCCAUAUCCCAAAUACCUUCACUCGAAGAAAUGCAGCAGUUGAGAAGUUGUAAUAGACAACUCCAGAUUGACAUUGACUGCUUAACCAAAGAAAUUGAUCUUUUUCAAGCCCGAGGACCACAUUUUAAUCCCAGCGCUAUUCAUAACUUUUAUGACAAUAUUGGAUUUGUAGGUCCUGUGCCACCAAAACCCAAAGGAGAUAGUGAGGUGACCCCAUCCUGCCAGCGUUGGUGUUCCCCAGCAGAGAAGCACCAGCUUGCUAGAGAUCAAAGGUCCACCAUCAAAACACCAAAGACUCAAGACACAGAAGAUGAUGAGGGGGCUCAGUGGAAUUGUACUGCCUGUACUUUUUUGAACCAUCCAGCCUUAAUCCGCUGUGAACAGUGUGAGAUGCCCAGGCAUUUCUGAGCCAAAAGGCCCUAUAGCUCCAAAACCACAUCGGAAGUUCAAGAAACUAGUCUGUCAUCAGGGGAGAAGUUUCACUGCUACAUAGGAUUUUGUCAAAUUGAAGGUGUGAUGAGAUGGUGUUGUGCUAAUGUUAAAUGUCAGCCCCCAGAGCUAAUAAUACCUCAGUCUAAUGUCAUGGGCAGUUGAAAUUCAUCACAUGAAAGGGAGGCUGCUGAGAGACUCGGUUGCCCGCUGCCUAACCAUGUACAGUGUUACCAGUAGCCCAUUGUGGAUAAUUCUCACUCUAGUAGUGCCUAGGUGUGCCCAGUACCUUUUCCCCCCUCAUGUCACUACUGAAUUUUGACAGGAGGAAGGAAUAGAGCGAUGGCUUUUUUUUUUAAAGCUUUCGGUGAAACACUACAAACAUGAAGAAAAGGAACAAGGUUUAACUAUUUAAAAACUGUUUGCUGCCGCAUGGUGCCAAUGGAUAGGGGAAGAACUUCAUGAAUCUGUGGUACUCUUGGCCUCGUCUUUGUCUUCCCUGAAAACGUCUCCACUCUGUGAAGCCAGCAUCUGGGGUCUAAAGAUGGCAAGAAAAGCGGCAGGCGCUGUCUGUACAGACAUGCCGUGAAGUACCCCACGCCUUUCCUACUGUACAGAUCGCUCGAGUCUGCUUUAAGUGAUUUCUUUUCUUUAUUAUUUUCUUGUAUUUCUAUAUGUAUAGUGUAAUAGUCUUUUGUUAACUAAUUUUCUUUUUUCCUUUUAGUGAUUAAGCACGAUCAUGUCCCUUUUUAAGCCUUACCUGAGAGAAGCAAUGCCUUAAAAUAAAAAAGCAUUAAUGAAAUGAAACUGUGCACAAAAUAACUUUCCUCUCCUUCCUCUGUGCUUGGCCCUCCCGAGCGCCGAGUUCUGUGAAGCCACGCAGAUGCUGCCCGCUGACUCGCAGGAAGUACGACAAGGCUCACGUCUCUCUGAGUCACCGCGUGCCCGCCGGCUUCAGCGGGGGGUCACACGGCACACUGACCUUCCCCAGGGAAGCUUAAAACGAAAGGUAUUUUUAAACCCACUGACAGAGCAACACAGUUCAGCUUGCUUCAUCUGCCUGGUGUCCCACAGAACUUCCACGAGAGAUUACUAUGGGCAAAGUACAGUGUCCAAAACCAGCAACAGCAGCAGUACCGACAGCCCUGGUUUGGGGAGAAGUUGAAAUGCUUUACUGUUGGGGCAGUCCGUUUCUAAACCUGACUUGGUGGCAGUAUCAUGUCUAUUUAUAAAACUAGGCUAGUCAUAUUUAGGACAACUGAAGGAAAGCUGGAAAAAAGAAAAACAAGCAAACUUGAACACUGAAGCAACCUCAAGCAUCUCUUUAUUUUGAUGAUAUAUUUUUAUAAGGAAAAUAAAUAUUCAGAUGAUCGGGAAUGUAUAUAACUAAAUGAAAUCAAGAAAAAGAAAUAACGGUAUGCAUUUAAAAAACAGAAUUAUGAAAUUAUACAUCAGUGCUUAGAAUGGGGCUAAGGGAAGUGCUGAAAUGUAGUAAAAGGUAGGAGAUAAUGUUCACUGUCACCCAUUGUAAAUGUCUGCAAAUGGAUAUUUUUUAAAUAAGCAGGAUUAUUACAUGUGAUCUAUAUGAAUGUCAAAGCCUUGACUUCCAGGCUUUGCAUCUUGUAUAUGGGAAGAAAUACGACAAUCGUAGGUAAUUAGACCAUAGACCCAAAGCCCUUACAUUUGAUGCAUUUUGUUUUAAAACUAGGCCUUGUUUUUCAGCUUCAUCUGCAGUUCUAUGUGAAGAUUGAUAAAUCAGUUUUUACUUGUUUUAUUAAUAAAACGUAAUUUGGAUAUCUUGAGUUGAUGGUUUUGUGAUUUAGCUGGGUAAACUAUCUUUGUGUAACAGAUAAGUUAUUUAUAAAAAUUAAAAAACUUAUAUUCUAA